AUGAUUGAGUUUGAAGAUUACUUCUCCAUCCAAAUCUUCUUUAUCAUCCUACGAGAGACUUUGGAGACUGCUAUCAUCAUCUCUGUUCUACUAUCAUUUAUCAACCAAAGAUCACACAAGACAGAUGACCCAAAAAAGAAGCAGCAGCAGCAGCAGCAACAACAACAACAACAACAACAAGAACAAGAUGAACAAACCGAAGUUGCAGGACCAUCGCUGAGCCGUGUGAGCAGUAGCACCUCACUGCACAAAGGUGGAUCCACGCACCUCUUGCAAGUUCAGAGAAAGUUGAAAUUACAAGUCUGGGUAGGCGCCAUCUUGGGUCUUGUCAUUUGUUUUAUUAUUGGCCUCAUCUUUAUACUUGCAUUUUACAUCAUCGGCAAAGAUUACUGGUCCUACACGGAAAGAGUAUGGGAGGGCGUAUUCUCUCUCUUGUCCAGUUUAAUCAUCACCGUUAUGGGUAUUGGGUUGUUAAGGAUAAAUAAAGUGAUGAAAUUGAAAUGGUGGAUCAAGUUGGGUGACGCAUAUAACGAUAAUGAUGACUACGAAAAUGAGUUGGACGAGCAAGGAGAAGAAGAAAUUGCGAAAAUUGGUGAUGACAAUAAUGACACUAAUGCCAGCAAUAAAAAUGCAAUGGAGGGCAAUGUUGAUGGUGACAUCAAUAAUAAUGACAUUGCCAAUGACAUCAACAAUGAGGUUCUUAGUGCCGAAGAAGAGAUAUAUAACUAUGGUGGCACAAGAUCUAGCUCUGAAUCUGAAAGUGUUCCAUUGACAAGUAGCACACCAAGACCCUCGAAAUCGCCAUUGGUAUCUCGUAGAGGUAGGAAACAGAAGGGGCAAAACAAACUGGGCUUCAAUAAGAGAUACUUUUUAGCUAUUUUACCAUUGAUCACCACCUUGAGAGAAGGUUUGGAAGCAGUGGUGUUUAUUGGCGGCAUUGGUAUGUCGCAACCGCUAACCUCGAUCCCACUUUCCAUUGCCUGUGGUAUUGCAUUUGGCUCACUCAUUGGAUAUUUAUUAUAUCAAGGAGGCAACAAACUCUCGUUACAAUAUUUCCUCAUCUGUUCAACAUGUUUCCUUUACAUUGUUAGUGCCGGCCUUAUGAGCCGUGGUGUUUGGUUCUUGGAGUUGGAACAGUUUGUGAGAAAUUGUGGUGGUCUUGAUGUCAAUGAAACCGGAAGCGGUCCUGGCUCGUACGAUAUUGCCAAGAGUGUUUGGCAUGUCAAUUGUUGCAACGGAUUGAAAGACGGAUGGUGGAUGGUGUUUAAUGCCAUAUUUGGUUGGACAAAUUCUGCAACAUACGGAAGCGUUAUAACAUAUUUUACCUAUUGGCUUUUGGUUAUUGUCUGGUUGAGAAUAAAGUUGUACGAAGAGAGACAUGGGACUUUGCCUUUGGUGCCAAUUAAAUGGCAACUCAAAAGAAUCCGGAAAAAAAUAAGACUUUACGAAUUGAGAAAUAGUCAAAGUUUAAGAAACUUGGAGACCGGGAAUGUCGAGCCACAGCAACAACAGCUGAUUGGGGAAACAGGAGCAGGAGCAGGAGCAGAAACAGGAGCAGAAGCCCAAGAGUUAUUGGGAAACUAA